ACACAGCGGUGUCUUACGGGACAGGGUUCGGCCCUCGGCGCGGCCGGUGGCAGUGAAGGUGAGGCCAGCGUCUCCCGCGGGAGCCUGGGCCUAAUCCUGCAUCGCGAUGCGGGCCUCGCAGUUUCACCUCAGCGCUCUUCGGGUAGAGGCCGGACUCCCUGUCACGCAUUUCUUGUGCUGCUGCUACCGAGUGUGUAAAGGAGGAGGAGUGGGAUGGAUGUCCUGAGGCCCACCCUGAUAAGGAUUGGGGGACGAGUGUACAGGAAGAAUCUCAUCCGGGAGCAGGACAACCAGCAUGAGGAGGAGGAGGAGGAGUUCUGUGCAGGCCCCACUGACUGUGCAGAUGAACCCUGUGAUGCCUUUGUGGUGGAAGAGACUGAGAGAGGCUUCCAGUGCAGAGUGGAGGUUCCCAGCCCAUUAUACAAGUACAUCAUUGGGAAGAAAGGGGAAACCAAGAAGAGGCUAGAAACAGAGACUCGAACCUCCAUCAGCAUUCCCAAGCCUGGAAUUGAAGGAGAAAUUGUGAUCACAGGGCAGCAUCGCAGCGGCGUCAUCUCUGCCCGCACGCGGAUCGAUGUUCUCCUGGAGAGCUUCCGUAAGAAGCAGCCCUUCACACACUUCCUGUCCUUUGCCCUCAACCAGCCCACCAUCCAGGAGAAGUUCCUGCAGUUCAAGGAGGAAGUGUUAGAGAAAUGCUCAAAGGAUGAUGGGAUCAGCAGCAGCCUCUUCCAGAACCCUGCAAAGCUUCACCUGACUCUUGGAACACUGGUGCUUCUGAACGAGCAAGAGAUCCGGAAAGCGUGUGACCUCCUACAGCACUGCAAAGAGGACUUUGUGGACCAAAUUACUGGAGGCAAGCCCCUGACUGUGGAGGUGGCAGGAGUGGAGUACAUGAACGAUGACCCUGCCAUGACUGACGUCCUUUAUGCCAAAGUCCACAUGAAGGAUGGCUCAGACAGGUUGCAGGUGAUCGCUGAUCAGCUGGUGGAAAGGUUCGUGGCCUCUGGCCUGAUGCUGAAAGAAUGGGAUCGGGUGAAACUGCAUGCUACAGUCAUGAACACACUCUUCAGGAAAGAUCCAAGUGCUGAAGAGCGAAACAAUCCCAUGACUGGUAAAUCAUCUUUCAAGGAACGGGAGUCGUUUAACAGCCGAAAUAUCCUCAAGCUCUUCAAUAACUUCUACUUUGGAGAGGUGCAGCUGGAUUCAGUGUGCCUCUCCCAGAGGUUCUCCUCGGAUGCCUCUGGCUACUAUGCGACGUCAGGGCAGCUGACCUUCUCCGGAAGCAGCAUCAGGUCUGCUCAUCGGUAACAUGGGGAUUUGGAGGAUAUGGAUUUUGGAUGGGAACUCCAAGCAAGGAUGCCUCACGACUCCUCGAAAGCAGGUGGCAGGUGGGAAGCAUGGCACUUCCCUGCAGCUUUUCCUACGCAGAUCGCCUGCCCUCCCUUUGAGGGGAACCAGGGUCCUUCCACCUCUUUUCCCUAAAAUGUUUCAAAGUUGCCUGUUUGCUGUCUGAUUCCUGUUUGUUCUUGAAGCAAACUAGAAAAACGGAUGCAGGUGGCUUUUGGGGCAUCACCAAUGUUUAAGCAUGGCUUUAUUUCAGAAGAAGGAAAUUUGUUCUUAAAAUAAGUAUUUUAAAACCCAGGAGAGCUCCGCAGUGCAUGGUUUAGUGCUACUGAGGUCAGGCAUUGCUUGGAUCUCCAGCAGCAUGCCUGUGUGAUGUUGAUCUCCAAAUAAUUCCCUUCAAAAGCACAAAGUGUUUAUCUCCUGUUGCACUGAUAGUUUCUGUAAUUAAACUUCCAGCACAUG